ACAAAGGCGCAAAGGGAGGACAUGUCACAGGAAAAUUACCUUAGCUAUAUCUGCCCUUCUACUAGCCUCCUAGUAGGGGCGUCCCUUUUUGGGGAUUUAGCUUAGUUGGUUACAUUUGACAGGACAUGAGGAAGCUCCGUGCUCAAUUUCUGAAAGAUUUCAAGAAGCAGCACGUUACAGAAGCAAAUGGAGAUUUGAUGAAUGUGACUACUCUGAUACUCCAGGCGGUCGUACAGAAUGCCAAUGAGUCUAUUGCCGCCAACGAUACGGCCUCUAUUAGGACUUUAACGCGGUGGAGAUGUAAUUCAGUCAUCUCUGACGACCUCCUCGACAAGGUCUCCAAACCGGCCUUGAAUUACCUGAUGGAGCAGACUCAAUUAGCUCGCGCGACUCUCCUUACCCGCCCUAUACCUCUCCAGCCUUGUACAGGGACUUUUGCUAAAUCGAAGGGCCUACCGUGCUCCCAUACUAUUAGCGAGAACCUCCGGCGGAAUAGAGACUGGCAGAUUCCCCUUUCCUUGAUUGAUGAGCACUGGCUAUAUUUCAGGAAGCCUGUCUUCGGUCCUGCACAGGAUCCAUUCCGCCAUCUUCGAGAGCCUGCAAUUCCUAUCUCUCAGCGGACCGUUCGCCAGCCAGAGCUACAGGGCGUUGUCUUGGUCUCUCCAUCUGGUGAACUCCAAGCCGCAGCCUCGCAGUCUACGACUACACCGCAUGGCACGUCCUCUCAUCGCGAAGAGGUUGGAUUUGAAACCGCAGAUCGAGAGGCUAAUCGUGCUCCACGCCCACAGCCUAUACCAAGGCAAAGGCGUGCGAGGGGAGCAAAUCAAAGGCGUGGUACGGGAGCGACUCGCGGAGCGAUCCAAAGGACCUCAGAUGGUGGAGUUUUUAUGACUCUCGACUUAUGAUAUAUCUUUUAUACUACACGUUCAUUUCUCUAUUAUAUAUCUAUCUCUACAUCA